GCAUCGGCCGUUAUGAAUUACACGGAACUUGAAAACAAGGUUCGUGAGGCCACCAGCGACGAACCUUGGGGACCCCACGGAAAAAUUCUUAACGAUCUCGCUAGAGAAACGUAUGAUUACGAGGGCUUACUAGAAAUAAUGACUAUGCUGUUGAACCGAAUCUUUCCCGACAACCCAUGUAAUUGGCGUCGCACCUACAAGGGGUUAAUUGUUCUCGCACAUUUAUUACGUUACGGCUCUGAAAGGGUUUCGGACGUUGCCCGUGAUCAUUUAUUCAAUCUUCGUUCUUUGGAAACUUUCCAAUGUAUUGAUGAACGGGGUCGUGACCUGGGGGCCUCAGUGCGAAUUAAAGCACACGAAGUUGUAGAACUCUUGCAAGAUGCUGAGUUUCUCCAGGCGGAACGUCAAAAAGCUUUUUCUAAUCAAAAGAAUUAUGAUGGGAUCGGAAAUAAUAACGCAUUUGGAUAUGGAUAUUCGGGAAAUUAUGGGAUACCUAACGAUUACAAGGAUGAUAGGGAUAAUGAUGGGACCUAUCAUUUUCCCUCGCGAUCUCAACCGAAGGCUGAGAUGCCUUGGCAUAGCAGGGAGAAUAGCGAGACUAGUCACAGAUCUCCUCACCGCCUCGGUAGUUUUGAAUCCUGGCAGGAUGGCCGUGAACGCUCCAUAGCCGACGAUGUUGCGGAUAAGUUCUCUGAGGUGCUAAGAGCAGCAAAAUCUGUCACAAAUGACUUUCUCGGCAGGCCUCGAGUUCCACCACCAUCUGUAUACGAAGAAGACCCACACAAGGUGUCGGAGGAAGUGUUCAAAUUUCCAGACGCACGUGUCGAUAAUUUGGGAGACGAAGAUUCCAAAUACCAUAUCAGUGAACCUGUUUCCCCUUUUACGAAUCGGUUGCCAAGUCAGCAAGCAGUUGCAUCCGCCAAAUCUGAAGUCCCCGCUCCUGGUCGCCUGGUCGAUCUUGGCGAACCCCAAAGAAUUACAAUGGCCAAGGCUCGUACCCACAUUUUUGCUUAUUUUAUGAAUCCCUCAGCACUGCCCAGGCCUCCCUCGGUAGAAUUGAUCUCUUCUUCCCCGAAAAACGGACACCAUGGAGAAAAUGACGAUCUAUUUGCGGAAUUAGACAGCAGGCAAACCGGGUUGCCCGCAAACAAAGCCGAAGACCUUUUUGCCGAUUUUGGCACAGCGAAUGUGCCCGGUCGUGCUGACGCCGAACCUGCAAUUUCGACGACUUACUGUGCUGGGGAUGCUGAUUUCGGCGACUUUUCGAGUUUUUCGGCCGCCACCACCGCUGCUCCAGUCAGCGUCAACACCUCCCUUCCAGCCAAUAAUUCUGUGGAUCCCUUCUUCGCCAACUUUGCGUCGCCUCUCACUCCACAUGCCACCAUGACACCUGCCACUACAUCCGCAGUACCGCUGCAGCCUCAACCGCUUCUGACUUCUACGCGAAGUUCCAACCCUCAGGAGCAAUUGCGUCCGAAGCAAGGGGAUGUUAAGUCGUCAGAGUCUGCCUCAAAAGAAUGCAAUUUGGGCAAGACUUGGAGCGACCUUGGUGCUUUUGACCUUAAUCUUGACCUCAGAUCUGACAAAGCUGGCCCUGCCAAACCGCUCGCCCCGAGUCUCAGCCAAUUGCAAAGUCUCCAACGGCACCAGAACACCACUCAAGAAGCUGCUCACAAGCAAACCUUUGCAGCUCUCGAGUACGACUUCCCAGUCUACAUGAUGGUCGUCAAGAUGGUCUUUCAAAAUAACCCUGUUCUGGUAAUGCCCUAUCCCUCAACCCAAUGUGCCUUAUUUAUCAAAUCACUGCUUUAG